ACAGGAGAUGUUUCCACUUAUGAUUCCAUUUUUAAAAGACCAGAGGGUUACAACAAAAGUCUUCACCGAUGUGACAGAGAACACUCAAAGAGUCGUGGUCUUAACAUUAAUGAGGAGGAAAUGGCAAGAACUGUUGCUGUUUUGUCAUCUUCAGAGUACGGGAGACACUUAAAUAAGCCCAUGGAGCAGCCGAUCAGAGGUUAUGCAAGGAUUAAUCAUGUGCAGGCAGAAUUCUACAGGAAAAAUGGCAUCACAUGCUUAUUGGAAAAACCUUCUCCAAGCCUGGAUCCAUGCUAA